AUGGCUGGAGUUGUCGUUGUCAGCUCUGAGGAGCAGUGGAGGUCAACCCUUUCCGGGGCCAAGAAUGACGGCAAAGUGGUGAUCGUGGAUUUCACCGCGACUUGGUGUGGCCCAUGCCGGUUGAUCGGUCCGAUUUUUGCCGAAUACGCUGCUCAGUUUCCAUCAAUAAUCUUCCUCAAAGUGGACGUCGACGCUCUCCCG